UCUCCCCGGCUGGGAAUCGAAGAUUUGUUAAUAUCGAGCGCCUAGCUAGUGCCAUGUCAAAAUGGCCGACGUUUAGUCCACCCUUAAUUCCGAUUUAACCGAACGUUGAUCCGCGACGCGUAUAUUAACGGUAGAUUACAUAUUAUAUGCAAAAGUUUCAAUGGAAGGCUUUAAUUUAAUUUAAUUUAAUUUCCGAAAAGUUUCGAUCAUUUAUUAACCCUUUGCAAAGGGUUAGUUUCGUUCCACUAACUUUAAAAUUAAAGGCAGAAUUUAGGAAUUAAGAAAGAAUUACGUAUAUAUAGGGUGUUCCAAAAAUCGUGGUGAUUCUAUAUAUAAAAAUUUCGAGUAUUUGUUAAAUUCUUUACACUCGUUUUCGAUAUUUUGUUCCAUUAAUUUUAAAAAUAAGAUCGAUUUUAGGAUAAAAAUUAUAGAAUUAUCUGCACAAAGCUGUUUCAAAAAUUGUGAUACAAUUGAUAAAUGAUAAUUUUAUAUGCAAAAAUAAAUAGAAGAAAAAAAAAUAAAAUUUUUUCACGAUCUUUGUUUUCGAAAAAAAUAAGUUUAAAAAUUUAUCAGCUAUCUACAUUAAUUAGACUGAAAAUGAUUAGAUUAUAUUUUUUAAAAAUAUUUUAAUUUUUCGUAACGGAAUAAACUUCAAAAUUGUUACUGCAAAUUUGAAAAAUAUGACUUAUUAAUUUAUUAAAUUUAUCAUUAUAUAUAAAAUAUGUUAGAUUCCUAAUAAGAUCGUCAAUUAUUAUCGCAAAAUAUAAUUUCGAAAAUUUUUGAGAUUUUUAGGAAUAUAAUAGGAAUUAAUGAAUUUAAAAUUGAAUUUUUUUUUUAAAUAUUUUAAAAUUUUUUGAAUCGAUGAAGAAUAGAUAUCGCAUAUUUUGUUCGAGAUUAAAAAUAGUUCAUUAACUUGUUGUAUCAUUUCUUAUAGAUAUAUUAUAGAUAUAUAAUUUUCUGUUUUUAUAAAAAAAAUAUUAGAGUUAAUUAUUGUAAUUAUAAUUAUUUUGAUUUAAAAAACUAAGAAUUAAUAAUUGUUUUAAAUAGGCCAUUAAUGUCGGUAAAAUGAUAUAUUAGUAAAGUACGAGAGUGAUAAGUAAGAUAAGAUUUGAAAACUGUAACAACAUUGCAAAUAUUAACUUCUACAUUGUAUAGAUAUUUUGUAGAUAGUCAUACAUUAUAAGUUUUUAAUUAAUUUCUGCGAUUAGAUUUUAUCAUGAUAAAUAUAAAAUAUCUUUAUCUUAUUUAAAAGGAAAAAAAUUUGAUUAGAAAUUAAUAAUAUAUGAUUAUUUGUAAUUUUUAUGAUAUAUUAUGUUGAUGAAGUUAUAUAUAACAAGAAUUUUUAUCUCUUAAUAAAUAAUUUAACAAAUUUAUUCAAAAGAAGAGACAUAAAUAAAUCGUGAUUUAACUCAUUUUUACCAAUUAAUCAUUCAAUAUUUAAUAUUACAGAUUUUUUAUUCGAUUUUGAUUUUAAUUGCAAGAGAUAAAUUUAUAUAUAAAUAUAUCUUGUGCCAUUCCUUUCAUAUUAUUAAUUUAAAAUAUUUAAUAUUUAAACAUUAUAAAAUAUUUUCUUCCUUUAUAAAUCCUUUUACAAAUCAUUAAAAAAAAAUUAAUCAUAAUAAUUAAAUAUUUUCUGUUUAUUUAUAAUAAAAUAAAUUUUUAACAAAAAUUAUUUUAAUUAAUUUUGAUAAAGAAAGAAAAUUGAUAUAAUAAUAACGAUUUUUUUUUAACUUUUGAAAAUAUUAUUCCAAUUUUCAAAUCGAACGAUUCAAUCAACAAAACUAAGAUUAUAUUCGAAUCAUCCAUUUUAAAAAAUCUCUAAAAAGAUGAAGAAAUGUACAGUGUCGCAAACUUUCCAAUCAAGCUGUACGCGUAUUCGUGUCGACGUUAAACACUCGACUGUGCUAAACCAGAGCUUAAACAAGUAAACGCGCGAGAAACAUCAUCUAAUCGCGUCGUGAACAGUUGACAGUCGUGCGCAUGUUUUGUCGUGUAGUUAAGUCGAAAUUACUACUAAAGUAUUCGUAUCGCACUAAUAAUAUCAUCAAAAGAAAAAAAAAGAAAUCUCAAUCAAACGAAUAAUUAAAACGAAAAAAGAAUCGAAAAUGUGUUCGAAUUCGACGACUGUGCUACUGAAAAAACGCGAAAGGACACAAAACUGGAUCCCUGAGGAGAAAAACGCCUUAUUCUCGUUAAUUAAGGGACACGUGAAUGCAAUCGAAAACAAAAAGAUCGACGCGGCCGCGUCCGCGAUGAAAAUGUUAGCCUGGCAACAGAUUCACCGUGCCUUUCGCGGAAUAUUCUCCACAGACAGGGAUAUCACCAGAAUGAGAGAACAAUGGAGAAGAAUGAAGUCGCAGGCGAGGAUGGAGAUGUAUACUUUUGCGGAAAAGAUGAAAACCUUGGGGCCGGAAGAAGCGGCCAAAUGUCGCCCAUCAGAUCUUUCCAUCGAGGUAUGGAAAUUGAUGGAAAAAACAAAAAAAAACGACGGCGACAAGGAUCGUUCAGACGAAAACGGUCGGAGAAGUCCAGAAAAUUUGACGAGUUUGCAGGCAAUUCUGAACAAGCUGACGGCCACCACGCCGGAAAUGACUACGGUGAACGAAAUUAAAGUUGAUGCGGAUAGCGACGAGUACAAUACAGAGGAGGACAGCAGUCAGAGUGAAGUUCUUAAGGAAAAACCAGGUGUCUCGCAAAAAAAACGAUUACGGAUUUCUGAGGAGGAGCCGAUAGAUUUGCCUGAACAAGGAUUCAAUUCUAUGGAUACUAUGAUUUGCGAUGUAGAAGAUGGUGUAUCUACCUCUUACAUGAAGGAAAGAAACAGUAGGUUUAAUAAUGAACAAGAUGAAUCUAUUCAAGGAAGAAUGUGGAUGUUCGAAAUGGCUCAGAGAGAACAUGAGUUGAAGCUAAGAAUGUUAAAUAUUGCUUUAGAAAAGGUAGAGUUGCAGAAACAGACUGCGAUCAACGAGUUGAAAACUUCGGAGAUCAAGAGACAGCUUGUAGAGAAUCAAGCUGCUGAAUAUUAUAGCCAAGUAAGAAUGGUUGGAGAACGUGGAUCUGGAGCAGGUAAAGGAGGUGGUGGUGGUGGUUCCAUUCGUGAAGCUGGAGGAUCUUUUGGAAAAAUGGAAGCUGCUCAUGAAGAUCAAUAUUUCUAUAAUCUGCAAAAGCAACAACUACAAAAACUUAAAGAAGACCUUCACGAUGAAAUUUCUUUCCAUGAAGAACAAAUUAAACGUCAUCAAGAAGCCAUAAACCGUCAUAAAAAAAGAAUCACAGAUAUGGAUAAGAAAUAAAAUUAUCCAUGUAUUUACUCUUUAAGCGUAUUGUUAUACUUUAUAAUGUAAUGCUCUUGUAACUAUUAUAUUACUAUUAAUAAUAAUUAGUAGAUGUUUA